AUUUUAUAUUAAAUUGAAUGGAAAAAGUUAUCAUAUGUUUACACAUAUUUCUUAUGUUUUGGUAUGGUUCGUUUGAUAUUUUUCUCGCUUCAGUUCGAUUAUAUUCUUUAAAUGUAUUAAUAGAAAAUGAAAAAUUCAGCGUAAAUUUUAUUUUAAAUCCAGUGAGAUAAAAAUAAGUGGGCAGGACGAAUGAGAGAUGUGUCACUCAAUCAAGUACAUACUUUGGGGCCUCAACAUCCUAUGUGCGAUAUCGGGCUUGGUAGUCAUUCUAAUUGGAGCGAUGGCGUACCUUCAGGGCCGACCCUUCAAUUCGAUCCUGGACGGCCAAUUGACUAUCAUAUCCAAUUUGUUCAUCGUCGUUGGCAUUUUUAUUCUUCUCAACUCAUUCCUCGGUUGUUACGGAAUUAUGAAUGGACACAGUUGUAUGCUAAUGGCGUACGCGGGGACGUUGAUAGCGCUCGUCCUCCUGCAGACCGUCCUCGGGGUUCUGGCGUACGUCUAUAAAAACAACCUGAAAAAGGAAUCAUCUACUAGACUAGAAAAGCAUUACGAAAAUUACGAAAGGCACAAACAACGCAUCGACGUUCUACAACAACACAUGGAAUGUUGCGGAGCUCGCGGAAAGCAGGAGUGGAAAAUCGAGCAGCUGCCGGCAUCUUGCUGUAAAUUCGAUAAAGCGAUUGGAAAAUGCACCCGGGAAAAUGCUUACAACGUUUCUUGCACCAGCCAAAUUGAAAAAGUGAUUGUUAAACAAUUCGGCCAUGUAGGUUUCACAGCCUUUGCAACAAUGGUCACCGAAGUAGGUUGCUUCAUUUUCGCAUUUAUUCUCGCUUUACGUGAAUGAUUUGAUUUUGAUCUAGAUUUACCAAAGUGGAUAUUAUAAAUACAAAUAGUUUACAUCCA